AUUCAGGGCGCGAGGAAGAAGAGGAAGCGGAAGAAGAGAAACUGGACAGUAGCUAAUCUUAACAAGAAAAAAUGGACACACGGUUCACUCGAGGGAAAUCCAACAUCUUGGAGCGACCUCUCACUCGGCCAAAGACCGAGGUCAGCGUCAGCGCGUUCGCCCUCCUCUUCUCAGAGAUGGUUCAGUACUGUCAGAGCCGAGUCUACUCCGUGUCCGAGCUGCAGACCCGUCUGGCCGACAUGGGGCAGAGCGUGGGAGCCAGCAUGCUGGAUGUGCUGGUGCUGAGGGAGAAGAAUGGGAAGAGGGAGACCAAAGUGCUCAACAUGCUGCUCUUCAUCAAGGUAAACGUGUGGAAGUCUUUGUUUGGGAAGGAGGCGGACAAACUGGAGCAGGCCAACGACGAUGACAAAACGUAUUACAUCAUCGAGAAGGAGCCGCUGAUCAACGCCUACAUCUCUGUGCCCAAAGAGAACAGCAGCUUGAACUGUGCCGCCUUCACCGCCGGCGUCGUGGAGGCCAUCCUCACUCACAGCGGCUUCCCGGCCAAAGUGACGGCUCACUGGCACAAAGGCACCACGCUGAUGAUAAAGUUCAACGAGUCGGUCAUAGCCAGAGACAAAGCUCUGGACGGGAGAUAAGAGACUGCAGAGAGAGGCUGAUUAUCGAUCAGUAUGUCAUGAAGAAGAGUUUUAAAGGUGCAGGGGAGUGUUUGUUCUUGACUGACUGUGAUUUACCUGUUUAUACAGGGAGAUUCUGUGUUUGGAUGAAUGACUGCACCGUCCUGGACCACACUUAGACCCCGUUUUGACAAUGCAUUAAUGCAGAUUUACAGUGGUGUAGCAAUGAGUAAUAUUCUACGGUGGCUAAACAAUAAGAGGUUAAACUGUAUACCCUGCAACACACCACCAUGGAUUUAUAUCCAUUUUGUGCAUUCAGAUAGCAAGUAGUAAUUCUCAGUUCAUUGUGUGGACACAACCUAAUGCGUUAUGAAGACAGUUUGAUAUCUGAUAGCUCAGACUGCAUAGACAUUAGUUGUGUAGAUGCAGCACGUAUCGUGAUCUGUGAUGUUCAGCUUGUAAACAAAAAGCAUGAUUGUAUUCAGGUCCAGCCUCUCUUGGAUUGAUUGGAAUUGCAGCUCUUUUUAGAGUUCUGGAUUAUUUGACUCAGCUCAGGAAUAACAGCUAAUCUUUCACUCCUAAAAGGCUCCUCAUUUUGUUUCAUUUUGGCUUUCAUGUCCUUAAAAUGAUGGACAAAAAUGGAAAGCAAGGAACUGGCUCUCAAAUGGGAGCAGACUCCCAUCAUUCGCAAGAACAUACGACUCUUGAAACCGGCUAGCUUUGAGCUGUCAUCGUUAUCUAGCCUGUACUACACAAGAUUAAUUUACUAAAUAGUGUUCUUUGAAAGCAUGUUUAUGGAAGUAUAAUGUAGAAAAGCUGUUAAAGGGGCCCCACUAGCCUCUUAACUUGUGGCUAAUUCAACCACAUUGUUUCUUAUCAGCAGCAGCCACACUGCAAAGCAUGUAGAGACACUAAACAGCUGCUAUUCUUUGCAUACGAGGCAGGCAAUAAGUUCUGAUAUCAGGUCAUCACUGAAGAUGAAUAGUUAAUGCACAGUAUGCAUCUAUGUGGUAGAAUGUUGCAGUUACUUGGUAUCUGAAUGCCCUAAACGGAUCAUUUAUGUAUUGUCGAAACAGGCUCAGAGAAAAAACAUGCAGCUAUAUGACUCAACCUAACAAAACAGCUCACUGAUGAACUGAUGAGGGCAGCCCUGCUUUCUAAACUUAGUACUCAAUAGUUUCACAUUGCUUUUAACAUUAGAAAAGGCUAAAAUGUAUAAAAAGAAGUCCAGAUUUGACAGAUUAUCUCUUUUUCCCUUUUCUUCCAUUUGAGCCCCUGCUGCUUGUUUCAUUUCUGUCAGACUUAUAAUGGUUGCAGCUACUGAGGGGUUUAUUGUAUCAUACAGUGUUUGUUCUGUUAUUUUAUUUAAUGUGUGUUUGUGAGAAGAAGUAAACAGAUGACUACAAAGCAGAUGUGUCAAUCAAUAAUACACAAAUGCUCAGAAACCUUUUCUUCCUCUCUGAUACCAAAUCUGACAUCUUAAAUUAAUCUUUGGCCACUGUAGCAUGUCCUCCCAGACUUGUAAGAUUAUAAAACAUGUUUAACAGUGCUGGGAAAACUGAUGGCUGAAAUGAGAAAGAGGGAAACUCCAGUGAGCUGCAGAUCUUUGGGCCAGAAUGCCGUGUUGAUGGCAGAGGUCAGAGGAGAACAAGCAGACUGGUUUGAGCUGAUAUAGACGCAACUCUAGCAGAAGUACAGCAGCAGAGGACCACAGAGUGCCACUCCUGCCAGCUAAGAACAGGAAACUGAGGCUACAAUUCACACAGAUCAGCAAAAAGCACAGUAGAAGACUGGAAUGAGUUGCCUGGUCUGGCGAAUCUUGAGGUUCAGAAUUUGAUGCAAACACCACAAAAGCAUGCAUCCAUCCUGCCUUGUAUCAAGGGUUCAGGCUGCUGCUGCUGCUGCUGGUAUAAUAGUGCGGGGGAUAUUUCCUUGGCACACUUUGGGCCCCUUAGUACCAAUUGUGCAUGGUUUAAAUGCCACAGCCUGCUUGGGUAUUGCUGCAGACCAUGCCGAAACCAAAUUUGGCUAUUUUUCUAACAGGAAAUGCACCAUGACUCCAAGCUCAAACCAUCUCAAACUGGUUUCUUUAACAUGACAAUGAGGUCAGUGUUCUCAAACAGCCUCCAAUCACCAGAUCUCAAUCCAGUAGAGCAACUUUGGGAUGUAGGAGAAUGGGAGAUUUUCUGCAUGGAUGUGCAGCCCACAAAUCUGAGGCAACUGAAAGAUACUAUCAUGUCAACAAGGGCCAAAAUUUGAGGAAGGUCCUAAGCAACAUGUUUGAUAUAAAAAGCAAAGAAUUAAGGUAGAAGAGGGUCCAAUCAUGCACUAGCAAGGUGUACCUAAUAAAUUGGCAAGUGAGUAUAUGUUUAUUGUAAAUUGAAAGUUUUUUAUAACAUUUAAUACCUGAAAAUCUGCCCCAAAUCCAUCUUUUUGUGGGAUAAGAAUGUUCUUGAUUCGUUUCCUAAUCCCACUAUAAAUUUUAAACACCAGGUAACAAAGAUUAGGCUUUUCUGAUUAUAAGUAAACAGCUAAAAACUGGUUAUAUUUGCUAUAUUAUCCCUUUUAAUCCAUCUAAUUAACCUGUAAAAAUGCAAAUUAACAUUAAAGUUCCAUGUGGAUCUGUGUGUUUG